AUGAAUACGAGGCCUGUAGUGCUGGUCUGCCUCCUGAUCGUGCUCAUCAUCACGUCGCAGUUCGAGUGGAAGCAGCAGAUCGAGGACGCAGCUGACGCGGACCCUGUCACCGCGCGCCGGCGGCAGCAAGUCCUUGCGAAGGAGGACGCCGUCAAGGAGAAGAUACUCUUGUCUCAAGAGAAAAACAUUCAACAGCUUAAUGAGCUUAUCGAGAGCCUUCAACGGCAGCUGCUGCACUGCCGUGGUAGCAACAAGACCAUUCAUACCACUACAAUUGCUGCUACCGAAGCAAGUGAGGUGGAUGGGCAUGAAAUCAUUGAUGAUUGA